UACUCCGUUUUCAUCAAUUCUCGAUCAUUUACUUCAUUUUUUUUUGCUGCGACUUAUAAACAAGUAUUUCAAUUUGAUUCACCACCCUUACAUGAUCCAUGUGCAGUUGCAUAUGUAGCUAAUAAAGAUUUAUUUGAAGAACAAAUGAUGCAUGUUGAUAUUGAACGAACAAGUGAAUUUUGUCCAGGAAGAACUGUUUGCGAUGUGUAUGAUAAACAUCGAAAAGAAAAAAAUUGUGUUGUAGUUAUGAAAAUUAAAGAAGUCGAACAAUUUUGGAAUAUGAUGUUAGAAGCUAUAGAAUUAGCAAAUAAGAAAAGUCCAAUGAAUCAAACCAAAUAA